AGUCCAACACUUCAGAUUUUACAGUUGCGCGCUGCUGUGUCUAAAUACCUAGCAGAUCACGUAAACCAUCUCUCUUUAUGACGCUAUGCACAGUUUCUGAUGGAUUGUAAUAACGUGAAAACAUUCGCUGGUCACCUGGGAUGGAUUUGAAACAAAAAUUUGCUUCAAAAGAGAGCUGCAGACUUAAAAUAAAGAGAAAUGUUGCCUUUAUAGAAAGGAUUACUGCUUCAAAGUUGUUCUAUACGGGAGCUCCUUGGAUUCUCUGAGAGAAGAUCUCAGACACACGCAGGACACUCAUUGGGUAUCCCCUCCAUUCUCCGUGAGAACACAUUGGUGGCAGAAUGUCUCUGCAGGAAUCUUUUGAAUGAGUCAAUAAGAGCCUCAGAACUUUCUUAUAUUGUCAUAAUUAGGACAACCCCUUAAAGGGACAUUAAACACUAAAUGCAUGCUAGAUAGAAUGAUGCAUUCAAAGAAAAGAUUAGUCCAUGACUAACAUGUAGAUGUAUUUUUUUAAAGUUUCAUUAGUUGUUUAAAAAGUGACAAAAUAAGUGUAAAGUUUUAGUGUCUAUAAAAUACUGGGAGCUGCCAUGUUGUAACUUGUGUUACCUUCUCUGCUGUGGCCAAUUAGGGACAGUUAUAAAUAGCUCACUAGAGUGUACAGCCAAUGGUUGUGCUGGAUUUAACAGUGUUCUGCACUUCCAUUUCUAACAGGAACUGAAAAGCUCACAAUUUCAGAAUGGAAUUACAGGCAAAGAGGACAAAAUAAAUAAUGAAAGUAUAUUGCAGAGUUGUUUUAUAUAUACAAUUUAUCAUUUUAUAUUACCAUCUCAAAAUGUUUAAUGUCCCUUUAAGCACUUCAAUGACAAAGUAACGGGGUGCGAUUGUGGAGUGAUGCUAUGGCAGUAUGAAUUAGAGUAUUGCAUCACCGUUAAACAACUUACUCAAGAUGCAACGAUUGGCUGUUUUCUGUUUACGAGGCUUUCAUCUGUCUCGUAGGCAAAUUUCUGGUCAGCUUAUCCUUUUCCUUCUCUGCCUGACCAUUUUCAUUACCUUGCUUUCUGUCUUGGGGCAGAUUGAAGAGGUUAUUACCCAAGCUCUUUCUCUGUUCUAUCAUACACCGUCUAGUAUUUCUUCUGACCAAGUUUCCCUCAUUUCUGUGCCCCGAAUCCUUAUCUCCCCACCCAAUAUCUGUGUCUCUCCUCUACUUCUUCUCAUCUUGGUUCCAAGCUCUCCAUCCCAUUUAAAGCAGAGAGAUGCCAUCCGUGAAACAUGGGGAAGAAGUUCUCCCUCUGAUGGAUUCCGUAGGCUCUUUCUUUUGGGCAUCCCGCAAACACAAGAGCAGCGCAUCAUUGUGGACCAAGAGGUGGCACUCCAUGGGGACAUCAUUCUGGCUGACUUUUUAGAUUCUUAUAGAAACUUGACGUUAAAGACACUUGCAGGACUUGCGUGGGCAUCGCAGAGAUGCAGCAGUGCCAAGUAUAUUCUAAAGGUUGACGAUGAUGUUUUUGUCAACACGGUCUUAUUAAUGCAGUUCCUACAAGGACAAAAAGAACUGCUGUACAUGGGACGAGUACAAUGGAGGGUUAGGACCGAUAGAAACCCUAGUAGUCGACAUUACAUGCCAGAAGAUGCCUAUGAAUACAGUCACUACCCACCUUACUGCGGUGGUCCUGCCUACGUAUUGGCGCAGGAAGCAAUCAGACUCCUUUUACAGCAGGAAUGGAACAGUCCACUGCCACCAGUGGAAGACGCUUUUAUUGGAAUUCUAGCAUGGGCUGCUGGCGUGCCCCCACUACACAUAGCAAAGAUGUCCGGUUCAAUGUUUUUUCCCCAUGAGCACUGCUGUUAUCGAACAAUCUUUACCUCUCACGGACUGUCACCUAGAGGCAUGAGAGAAGCAUGGAAUUUGUUGGCAGAUUCAAGAAAUAGUUGGUGCCCAUUAGCCAUGCUACAGUGUAUGCUAUUUGGGCAGUAUGUAGAAAAUGGUGAAAAACUGAUUUAACUUAUUGUACAGCGGGAUAACAAAAUUGUUAUAUAGAACCUCUGUGACGGACCUAAGUUUGGCACUGAUAGUCCUCUUUCUUGUAUAUUAUGUAUAUAUGUGUUAUUUCAAUUAUUCGAAUCUCAGGUUAUUGUCGGUUUACAAGCAACUGCAGGCCAAGUGCCGUGUAAUGUUCUUGAAAGCUUUCCUUACAACACCCUUCAUGUCCUCUUCUUCAAGAAAGAAUGGCAAUUUUUUAUCCCAUGAAAAUACUUAACCCUUUGAGUGCUAAUGACGGCUCAGAGCCGUCACUAGCACUCUCCCACCUUGAGGGAGAUCUGGGGGCUCCUACCCCGGCGAUCGUGCCUGUAGAGUGACAGGCAUCGCCGGAGCUUCCCGUUUUGCGUGGUGACGUCACACGUAAUAACGGGAUGACGUCACCGCGCAACUUUAUUUAUACUUAACAAUGUUAAGUAUAGGAGCAGGGGGCAUGCUGCUUAGAAGCCUGUAUCUCAGGUAUCUAAGCAGCUACAGACCCCCAAGACCCACCAUUGGAAAGGUAAUCGCCUAACCUUUCCAACAGUGUAGUCCUGGGGGUCUGAAAAAGUUAAAAAAACGUUUGUUCAAAAAAUAAAAAAAACUUUAAAAAUCUUAGCACCCAGGUUGGAAAGUGCUUAGCACUUAAAGGGUUAAAGGGGCAGUAAACCUACACAAUAAUGUUUAUUAUUCAUUAUUUUUGCGCCAACUUUAUACUUCAAAGUAGAGUUAUGUAGAACGCCGCUCCUGGCUCUACUGAGCGGGUCUGUUUUUUUUUUUUCAGAACCGCAUCGCGGCACGCUGUCUAGUCACCGCUGGCCCGA